UAACACCCUAUAAAAAUACCAACAAAAAGCCACCCUCCACCUCAUAAAAAAGAAGAAGAAGAAACGCACACAGACCAAGCAGAUCGAGCAGCAAUGGAGGAGCUGCCGCCUGGCUUCCGCUUCUACCCAACCGAGGAAGAACUCGUCUCCUUCUACCUCCACCACCAGCUCCAAGGAACCAGGCAGGACCUCCACCACGUCAUCCCCGUCGUCGACAUUUACGAGCUCGAACCUUGCCACCUUCCAAGCGUAGCGGGAGAGAUGUGCCGAGGGGACACGGAGCAGUGGUUCUUCUUCGCGCCGAGGCAGGAGCGGGAAGCACGAGGAGGGAGGCCGAACCGGACCGCCGGGUCGGGUUACUGGAAGGCGACCGGGUCUCCGAGCUACGUCUACAACGCCAGCGGGAGAGUGAUCGGGGUGAAGAGGACGAUGGUUUUCUACACGGGGAAAGCUCCCGCUGGAAGGAAAACCAAGUGGAAGAUGAACGAGUACAGAGCCAUAUUACAAGGAGCAAGGCACGACGACUCGGCGGCGUCAUCAUCGUCCAGCCAGCCGCCCGUUCCCAAGUUGAGGAGUGAGUACAGCCUGUGCCGGAUCUACGUGGUGUCGGGAACCUUUGGAGCGUUUGACAGGCGGCCGCUGGAAGAUGUGACGAUGAUGGGAGAAGCACAGCCACAACCACAGCAACAACAGGUGCCUUCUGCAAUUGCAGAGAUGGAGAUGGAUGUUGAUGCUGAUGAUCAUGACCUAGAGCUGCCAUUCUUUGACUGGCCGGAAGAGUUCGACUGGCCAUGAUCGGCGGUGAUCAUAACUAAUAAGGGUUCCGGCGUGCAUGCGGCCUACUGCAUGCAUGCAUGCCCGGCCGUUGUUUGUAGUGUUGUAUCGAUACAUACAUAGAUGUAUUCAUCUUGACAUGGUGUAUACUUGAAAAAUACCAUGGCAAUAGAUAAAAUUGUCUUGGCUGCAUACCCUUUUUCAUAACUAGGAAAUUCUUUGUCCCUUUCAAUAAUAUUACAAUUACAAUAUGUGCGCAUGCAUGUGGCUUCUGCACCCUAUCUAGAAACAUGUUCCUUUCUGCACGGCUUCAUGUUUCCGAUGUUGUUGUUGUUUUCUUCCUGAUCUAUGGCUAA